AUGUCAAAUCAGCUGACUGUAUUACCUGCUGCAAAAAUCUGCCAUCGAUUGCUAAGAUGCAUAUUUCUGCGAGUGAGUCCUGUCAUCCGAUUCCAACAACUCAAGAACGAGGCUAGUAAGUAUUGGAUUUCGUAUGAUGAAGAUAUUGUCGCUGAACAUUAG